CUGAGGAACAACACUACUGCAAUGCACCCCAUAAACACAGUUUCAUUCCUUGAUUUCAUCCACAUCAUUGCAACUGGUUGUCCAGUUCAUUUUUCUUUGACACUGCUUUCUUUUCUGUUCUGUGUUAAAAGCAGCAACAAAGAAACAAUCCCAUUCCUUUCCAUCAUGCACAAAAAUGUUAACACUAACAAAGGGUCUCCUGGUGGGGUCCACCAUCUCCCCUCCUUUCCCCUUCAAUCACCAGAGAAAACCACUGCAACAGAGGCGACACUGCAACAGACAACACACACUUUCGUCUCUGCAUUGCCUCAGCACUACUCCUCUCAUCAUCACCACUACCAGUCUGCAAUAAUGUGA